CAGGUGGUGGCGCGAGCUUCCCAGGUCUCCGCCCGCCCGCGCCUGCUGCCUGGCUCGCUUUGCUGCCUGCCAGCCUCUGCCGCCGCCCGCCCGCCCGCCCGCUCGCCCCCCAGGCAGGCGCCGCCGCCGCUGCUUUCCCUUUCUGUUCUCUUCUCCGCUUGGAAGCGAAAGGAGGGCGCGCGAGCGAGGAGAGGGAUCCGCAGAGAGGAAUCAUGGAAGGAGCCUCCUUUGGAGCCGGCAGGGCAGGCGCGGCGGUGGAUCCCUUGGAGUUCCUCCGGCGGCCACAGACGAUCCUGAGGAUCAUUUCGGGGGUUUUCUCCAUCGUUGUCUUUGGCUCCAUCAUCAAUGAGGGUUACGUCAACGAUGGCAGCAGUCCGGUGCUGCGCUGUGUCUACAACUACAACGAUGACGCCUGCAACUAUGGAAUCGCCAUUGGCCUCAUUGCCUUCUUAGCCUGCAGUUUCUUCUUGGUAGUGGACCUCUACUUCCAGCAGAUCAGCAGCGUGAAGGACAGGAAACGUGUUGUCCUCUUUGACCUUGGCUUCUCAGGGUUCUGGUCCUUCCUGUGGUUUGUGGGCUUCUGCUUCCUGGCCAACCAGUGGCAGAGGACGCCAUCGAGCAAAGCAGCACAUUACGCAGGUGAUGCGGCCAGGGCGGCCAUUGCCUUCUCGUUUUUCUCCAUCAUCUCCUGGGUUGCCCUGGCCCUCAAGGCGCUCCAAAGAUACCGGCUGGGAACCGACAUGUCCCUGUUCGCCACGGACCAGUUCCCCACCGACCCCAGCGCAGCCUACCCAGGCUACCCCACCGGCAGCGGCGUGGAGAGCACAGAAACCUACCAGAGCCCCCCCUUCUCGGAGACCCUAGACACCAGUCCAAAGGGCUACCAGGUGCCGGCAUAUUGAAGGGCAGGAGGAAGUCCUCUCCCUCCCUCAAGGUUGUAUAGCAAAUGGGAACCCGACCCAGAGAAAUGGGGCAACUUUCCCUUUCAUGGUGCAGUAUAGUCAACUGGUUGGUUGCAAGUGUAUUCUAAAGUACCUUUUCUUUUUUAAAAACAAAAAAAAUUAAUGUGGCAAGUUAACGUAACUGGGUUCAACUUACUCUUAGCUAAUGGUGCAGUGAAUUCUCUACAGUGGUAUUGGUUCUUGUCUUACCUGUCUGAGGAUAUUUUUUGAUUAUUAUUUUUUAAAAAAAGAACAGUGUUCCCUCUAAGCAUGAAACGUUAGGAUGGUUGCUACCAACUCCCAUCUUUGUGAGCCGUUCCUGCAAUAUUGGCUCAUUGUGGCAUUUUUUUCCUGAAUUCGCACACAGAAGCUGGCAAUAGCCCAGCCUGUUAAGAGAUGUCCCACUCCUUACACAGAUAAGUAGAUGCUUUAUUUUGUGCUUCCGGGGCUUAAUCCAGAAAAUUGCUCCCACCGACUUCAUCCUAGGAACCUUCCAGAUCAUCCUCUCCUAUUUUUUUAUUCCCUUGCUCUAUAGCCCUAGAAAAAAGGUAGUUUUAAAGCAGCCUUCUUGCCCUCCAGUUCUUUUGGAUUCCAACUCUCAUAAUCCCCAGUGGGAGCUGAUGGGCAUCCAAAACAUCUGGAGGGAACCCAGUUGGGGAAGACUGUUUUCAAAAGGAAUGUGCCAAAUUUAAAACCAAAAAUAAUGGUUGUGUUGAUUUCAUUUGUGUGUGUGUUUGUUAUGUACUUGGCAUAUUUCCUGUGCUAAAUGAGUGAAAAACCUUCUGUAUUAGCUGUGUUAGCUUUGUGAUUCUGGUACCGCAAGAAGUUUCUUUCUUUUCCAAAUGGCUUUGAUGCAAGAAUCAUUUUUGUACACCUUUUACACAAAAAUUGCUGCUCUGGGGUGAGGGUGGGGUAACAGUCACACUGUCAGGCCAUCAGCCUUUAAGAGUCUCCUAGCAGUGGGGAUAUGUAGCAUUCAGUAGCUCAGCUGUUGUCUGAAAAUAGGGCUUGCUAACUGCUAGGGUCCUCAUCAUAUCCUCAUGAGGAGUCUGAUCCAGCCCACCAAUUCUGCCUCUGCCUCAGAGAUGGGGGACACACUUCAAGCAGUCUGGGAAAAGAUGGAAGCGGAAAGGAAGAAAUAUGUCUCUUGAGGGAAUAGCAGCAGGAGUGGAGGCUUCUUGUGACAGGCCAUUUUCGACAUGGUUGGCCUCAAGAUGGCAUCCAUUAAUUGGUUUUUCUUAAUGAAAAUCCCACCGCUAUCAGUAUGCGGCCAUUUUGGCAGCCCCUUCAGUACCAAAAAUUAUCCACGCCAUCCCUUUAAAAUGGUUGUGUCUGGUAGAGGCCAUUUUAUUUUGAGCACAGAGUGGAAUAACGUGCAUCACAGUAUUUGUUGGGAAAAGCUUCAGCCUUAUUCUGUA